CCUCCAGCACGCUGCUCUUGUCGCCGGCAUCGCCAAAUUCACGGUCUUGGAGGUAUUCGCCCGGUCCCCAAUUCCUCGAGGUACUGCUUCACGUCCAAUUGGCCUUUAUCCCCGAAACUCCUCUUCCAACCUCCACAAUGCCGCCUCGCGUCCGCAUCUCCAGCGGCCGCAUCACUCAGUCGGUCCGCCGACAAAGGGUCGUUUACCAGCAUGAACUCCCAAUUGCUGCCAGAUAUGCCAGCACCGCGGCCACCGCGACGACCCCGGCCGCAUCAAUCGAGCAGAUGACACACUCCCCCGCCCCCAUCGCCCACUACCCUCCCACGCAGCCUCCCUCGCACCGCAACCCCGAAUACCGCCGGUCCCAGCUCCUCCGGCAAUACACUUCCAUCAUCCGCACCACACCUCUCAUGGUCUUCCUGCAGCACGACAACCUCCAAUCAGUCGAGUGGGCCGCUAUCCGCCGAGAGCUGAGCGCAGCCAUGCAGAAGGUGGAUGAGAAGAUUGCCUCGGAGGGCCGGAAGGCCCCAGCACUGGCUCCGCACAUCAAGGUCCAGAUUGUCCAGACGCGCAUUUUCGAAGUCGCCCUUCGGAUCGUGGAAUACUUCCGUCCCAAGCAGACCACCCCGGUCCCCAGAGCCGUUGACCCUGCCACGCAAACAUCGGCCGAAAUCCCUCUUGCCGCUUCCCGGGAUGACCCUACCCUCUCCCAUGAUCUCUCCCGCGCCGCUCAUGAUGCCGUCCUGUCCAUGAAGGGCAAACACGAGCUUUCGGAGCUUCUGGUUGGACCUGUGGCCGUCCUAACCAUCCCCCACGUCUCCCCCGAACACCUGAAGGCCGCCCUGCAGGUCCUGGCUCCCAAGUCGAUCGGUCUUCCUUUGCCUACGCGGAAGGCUAACCCGGGCUGGCAUGAGUUCCCUGUUCAGAACGGUCUGAACAAGUUGUCUUUGAUUGCUGCUCGUAUGGACGGACAGGUCUUCGAUGUUGACCAGUCCAAGUGGGUCACUAGCAUUGAGGGUGGUAUGGAUGGCUUGCGCUCACAGCUCGUUAUGGCUCUGCAGAGCAUGGGAUCCAGCAUUACGAAUGCUUUGGAGGGUGCUGGAAAGAGCCUUUACUUUACGCUUGAGAGCAGAAAGCAGGAUAUGGAGCCGAAGAAGGAAUCCGAGGAUGAGAACAAGGGUGACUCUGCUUGAACUGCCUAAGGCUGUUGAACUCGCCUGGCUUGCCAUGUAUAAUAAAAUGUCGCGUGUAUUUUCUUUCCCCCCCCUUUUCCUUUUUGUUUCAUUUUACCCUUCAAGACCAUGAUUGUUUUAGCACAUGAAGUUUCAUUAGAACCGGAGUCAUAGUUCUAGGUUACAAAUACAUACAU